UUGCAAGCAGUGUCAAGUCUCUGUUAAAAUGCACUGCUUGCGGGAUAACAGCUGUUGUGACAUAACCUGACAGAAUCCACCAAGAUGCUCCGCCGGUUGUUGCCUACUGUGUGCCGGACGUGGCAGGUGCCGAGGGCCACCAUCACAGCUGUGAGAAACGCCAGUGGCAGUGUUUAUGAACCGGACUAUCUGGAGUCCCUUAAGCCGAAGUUCCCCCAGUACGAGAGCCUUAAUGUCCAGAUCAAAGGCUAUGACUAUCCCCAGUUGGAGAGCUACCAGCGCUUCCUGCACGGCUUGGCCGAGUACCUGGAACUGGACGUCUCCGAUUGCUACGCCCUGCCGCCCCAGCAAACCCAGGUGCAGCGGCUGCGUCCCAAUUCCGCAGUCAUCGAAUCAGAGUACAAACUGACCACAUACGAGCGCAACCUGCAGCUAAACAACGUGGAUGCCCCGGUCUAUCCUCAGUUCCUGCGCAUCGCCCAGGCGGCACUGCCCGAGGGCGUCAGCCUGCAGGUGCAACAGCACACGGAUGACUGUGAAGAGCGUCGAUAUGUGCCCGACAAGGAGCUGCUGGACCUCAAGUCCGAGCUGGAGCGCAUGGGUGGUGCCACCCCCACCAAGAAGAAGUAGAGGAGCACUUCCGAUUUUGGCAAACAUCUAGGGCUAAGCUUUAAUAAGUAACUUGUAUAAAGUGUAGAGCGGAACUUAUUGCAUAAAAAACUUUCCUAUUUAAA